AUGAUGGCGGUUGAUGUUGUUUUCGAAUGUGGGGUUAUGAAGGUAUCCAAAGAGCUCCGGGGCCGGCACGAUAGGCGAUACUCGAUGAAGACGUUAAGAAGAGGCAGAAGAAUUGAAGGUUGUGUGUGUAUGUGA